CAUUACUCAUUAGCGUACAAUCAGUUAUACUAUUACAAUAUUGCAUGUAUAGCCCCCUACGCUGUUUACACUAUUGUAAUAUUUAUUACUUGGGUAAUGGGUUUGUAUUAUUCGUAUCGAGUUCGCUGUUGUCUGCUUGACGUUCCUCAGAUUGUUAAUAAUUGUAUUGCAUCAACAGUAUACUCUUGUUUUCAUUGUUUAAAUAGUAACACAAUGAGUGAUUGUGAUUCUUCAACCGAAGUCGAUCAGGUUGCAGAUUUAGAAGAACCAAUUUUACUCCGGCCAAAUUAUCAAAAAUAUUUUAAAGUAUUACGAGUCAUUGAAGAAAAUUUUUUUUACAAGAAGCUGAAAGUGAAGUGUUUAAGUUGUGUCGAUACAAAGUGUUACAAGGUGGAUUCACGUUCAAACUCUAAUAAAAGAAAACAUUCAAGCAUACAACAUUCAACUCUAUUAAAGAAAAUUGAUCACAUUGAUAAUGCAGCGAACAAAAACACUUUAAAGAGAUGCAAUGAUGGAUCAUUGAAGUAUAAUGUUGGUAGUUCUCUAAAACAAACAGAUAAAAAUAACCAGACAAAACAACCAGUUUUAGAAGAUUUUUUGAACAACAAAAAAUUAACUAGUCAAAGUUAGGUUGAUAUUUACAUGACUACAUGACUAUAUACUGAUACAUUGCUAGUGAACGAUACGGUUGUUAAUGAUUUAGAAGAAAUAGAAGCAUUAAACUUGAACAUUCUAAAUGAUGAAGACCAUGAUUUGCCAUAUGCAUUAUCAAAACACCAUUGAUGUUGUGCACACACAAUAAAUUUAAUAGCAACAAUGGACUCUAAAAAAGCUUUGUCUAAUCUUGCAUACAAAAAACAGUCAAGAAGAACUAUUGCCAAGUCUACCGCUUUGUGAAACAAACAAGGUCGCUCAACUAAGUCAGCUGAUUUAUUCAAACAAAGUCUGGGUGUUUAUUUAAUUGCACCCAACAAAACAUUUUGGAAUUCACUGUUUGAAGCAAUGGUGCUGCUUAAUAAAUUAACUAAAAAAAAUGAACUUAAGUUUAGAAUAAUAAUGGACAAUUUGGCUAUUGGCAGAUUUGAUAGAAGUGAUAUUGAUUUCGUGUGUCAACAUCAAACAAUUAUGGGGCCAAUUUCAAUAAGCUUGGAUUUAUUUAAGAGGUUGAUUGCAUAAUUUAUCCACUAUCAAAAAAUUUUCAGGUGUUUUUGAAGUACAACACUCCACUACCUAGCUGUGCACCAGUAAAGAGGGUGUUUAGUGUUGGUGAUGCAACAAUACAAAAAAAAGAACAAAUAUGACGGACCAAUAUUUUAAACAAAUAAUGUUCUUAAAAUACA